AUGCCAGCUCACACCAAGAUCUUGAGUAAACCUAUCAGUAGUUUGCUGUCAAAUGCAGCGGUCACUCUACAGCUAUUAGGAGAUCCCAGAAUCAUAGCGGGUUGCCCAAUGGACCGUUAUGGUCUCCCUACGACAAUAUAUAGCCUGCAACUCGCUAGAAUCAUGGAGAAGUUUAGGAACAUUGAGGAAUUUUACAACAAUGAAAAGGAGCGAGAAAAUGCACUGAAGAAACCCUUGAAGGAGAUUUUUGGGACCGCACACUGGCAGAAGCUGGUCAAUGAUAGACAAGCAUUUCUAGACGCCGUUUGGGACUUGUCCAUGGUUUUUGAGGGCAAGAAUGAGAAGGGGUUGGAUGGAAAUGUGCAGCUGCAGGGGCUUUUAUCCCGUCUGCACAUUGUUCAAGACUCUAAAUGGAUGGAAAGUUCCUCUCCUCCAAUUUCCCCUGCAUCAUACUCAGCAUUUCGAGCACAUCCAUUGAGUCCACACUUGGACAAGGAUAUCCUCAUCGUCGCUCGUGCUUUGACAAUCCUAGCCAACGGUCUUCAAGACUUGAAGAAAUGUUACAAUGACAUUCAAAUUCAGGGUGACGAGCAUGCCAAUUACCUUUUCCCCAAUCCUUUAUGUCAAGACACACUCAAACCACCAACUUAUGGGCCAUUGACGUUCUUGGAGAAGUUGUCUCCAUCAGACAUCUUCGUUGUUCCUGACGUUAUACGCCCCAAGCUCGUACAGAAGCAAAGCACCACUGAUCGGUUCAAGUGCUCGAUGCGCCUCUUCCAUGCUAUGAUGCCCAACAAAACUGUCAUUAUUGUCAAGUUCAUGCUGACAUACAAUCCAGACACUCAUGAGUUGUUGGUGGCUGAGGGCCUCGCACCGAAACUUCUCCAUUGCACAAAGAUCAUUGACAAUUGGUGGAUGAUUGUGAUGGAGUACCUGGAUAAAGCACAGAAUGCCUAUACCUAUCUUCUCAACCGAACAACACUAAAGCUUCCAUGUUCAGUCUAUAAUGACAUCAAAACUGCACUCAGGAAGCUGCAUGAGAAGAAGAUUGUAUUCGGUGCUUUACGCAUCCAAAAUAUCAUGGUGGAAGAGGACAAGAAGCAUAAGGAUGGUGUAUGA